AGCUAAAUUAAUAAUAUUUUUGUUUAAAAAUAGAAGAAUAUAUUGGUUAUUAAUAAAUAAUAAAAAAUGACUGCAAUUGUAAAAAGAAUAAUUGGACUUGAUCAAGUUGAUAUACGUGGAAAAUUAAUUUCCAUUGAAGAACAACAUGGUAGUGAUGCAAAUUUUUUAAUAAACACUGUUGUGUCACAUGCAAUUGAAAAAGACAAUAGCAUAUGUUUAGUAUUAUUUCACAAUACAUUUGGUCAUUAUCAUAAUAUUGGAAUGAAACUUGGAUAUAAUUUAAAUGACUUACGUAAAUAUGGUGUUGUUAAUGUUGUUGAACCAAUGACAACAAUUGCAAGUAAUAUUGAAAAUAUUGAUCAUGAUAAUAUUGAUGCAGCAUUAGCAAAAUUAAAUAUAAAUAUACCAGAUGCAACAAAACAUGAUUCACAACUUGUUAAAAAAUUAAUAUCAUGUUUAAAAGAUAAAUUUGAUGACUCACUUAAAUCACGUAAAGCAGUUACAAUUAUUGUUGAUGAUUUGAGUCAUUUAUUUGAAUUUAAUUUGAGUUUAACAGAUGUAUGGUUUUAUUUGAGAUAUUUAAGAUCAUUGAUAGAAACAAAACCAAAUACAUCUGUUUGUUUGAUGACACAUAUAUAUAAAGCUGAUGUUGAUUUUUGUCAACCUGAUAUGAUUGCUUUUGGUUUAAAAAAAAUGGCUGAUUUAAAUGUCAUUGUUGAACCAUUGACAACUGGUCAUGCCAAGGAUAUAUCUGGUAAAAUAACUGUCAUGUGGAAAACUGAUGUAAUUAGAAAAAUUCAUCAUUGGCCAGAAAGUACAAUAUAUCAUUUUAAAUUACUUGAUAGACAUAUUAAAAUAUUUAGUCCUGGUAGUAAUGAUCAAUUGUGUUAAAGAAUCAAAUGUUAUUUUUUUAUCUUUACAUAAAAAAAA